CUCUCCCCCCCUUUCGGGACAGCCGAAACAUCACUCGAACCGCAAUGGCGCCUCCCCGCGGCGGUGCUGCUGCGGCCGCUCCCGCCGCACUGGACCUGACCGGCGUGCACAUUCUCGAAGCUUCCAGUGUCCCUCCGCUUCCCAAACGCGGCGGCGGCAAUGCGGUCCAAAGGAAGGAGGCCGUUGACCCGGAUAAAGAUAGGAAGAAGGAGAAGGCUGCGGCACAGAGGAUCACCGGUUGGGGGCUCCGCGAAUACAGCAAAAUAGUUUGUGAGAAAGUUGAAGCCAAAGGAAGAACAACAUACAAUGAGGUUGCGGAUGAAAUUUAUUCAGAGCUGAAGUCCAUGGCACAUAUUGGUCAAGGGUUUGAUGAGAAGAAUAUUAGGCGGAGAGUGUAUGAUGCUUUCAACGUUCUCAUUGCACUUCGUGUUAUUGCAAAAGAAAAAAAGGAGAUACGGUGGAUGGGCCUUUCAAAUUACAGAUAUGAAAAGCUAAAGAAGUUGGAGGAAGUUCGCAAAGAACUCGUCAACAAGAUUAGGCACAAGAAGGCACUCCUUCAGGAAAUCGAAAAACAGUUUGAUGAUCUCCAAAACAUCAAGUUACGUAACGAAACACUGCAAAGCUCAGCAGAGAACGUCAAUGGCAUCCGCCUUCCAUUUGUAUUGGUCAAGACAUCUAGGAAAGCAAGGGUGGAAAUUGAGAUUUCAGAAGACUCAAAGUUUGCCCAUUUCGAGUUCAAUGGUGCACCAUUCACAUUGCACGAUGACCUCUCAAUCCUCGAGGGGAUAAGGCGUAACAGCAUAGGAAGAGCUGGCCGUGCCACCCUCCACUAGAGACUGAAGAAUAUUACAAAUGAAGUAAAAGUGUCAGAGCUGGCACAGCCAGAUUCUUUUGCACAGCUAUGUAUAGCUAUAUGUUCUCAUGAAAACUUGACCUAGUUUAUAGGACAAUCUCUCAGGCUUGAGAAGAUUUUAACCUGCAAAUUUUGUCUCCUUUUUGUGCCUAGCAGGUUAUUAGGUCUAAGAUAGAUGAUUCGUAUAUGUGCUGCUAUGUAUACAUUGAUAGCAGCUUUGGCGGCACAAGCUUCGUUGAUUAUUAUUGAUGAUCAGUUUGUCCUGCUA